UUUCCCUCAGGCCGCCGCGGCCCGCCCGCCCGCGCCUCCAUCUGGGUCCUCGCGCGCGGCUCUCGGGCGGCGGCGGACGGCGGCGGCGGGCGCGAGGACCCGGCUGUCCCCGCGGAAGACGACGGCGGGCGGCAGCCUUCUCCGCGAGCCUGAGAUCUGCCUCUGCAACUUGACUCUCCUCCAGGCGGAGCACUCAGGAGACCAGGAAUAUGGCCCCAGGGCUCCUGACAGCCACAGACGAGGCAUUGAUGGCCUUCAGAGAUGUGGCUGUGGCCUUCACCCAGAAGGAGUGGAAGCUCCUGAGUCCUGCUCAGAGGACCCUGUAUCGGGAUGUAAUGCUGGAGAACUAUAGCCACUUGGUAUCGCUGGGAAUUGCCUUUUCUAAACCCAAACUCAUCACACAACUGGAGCAAGCGGAUGAGCCCUGGAGAGAGGAGAGCGAAGGUGUUCUGGACCUUUGUCCAGAACCAGAGGCAGAAUUCCGGCCCUGUCUCUCCUGCCCGGUGGCCUUUUCCAGUCCGCACUUCCUCACACGAUAUGUGCUGUGCGGUCACCCCCCGCAGGUCUUCCCAAGCUCAUCUGCAGGAAGCCACUUGCCACUACAAGCUCCUCGCUGCUCCAGUGGAAAAGCAGAAGAUGGAGAGACAGAAGGCUCUGGCACCAUGUUCGGGAGUCUGCAGCUCAGCGGGACUUCGAGGGCAUUCUUCAGCCCAUCUCAAGGUCAGCCAGUAGACUGGGUGGACGGCAACAGAGGUGGAGUAAUAGGUCAUGACCCGACCCAGGGGAUGAGCUCUCAGGAGGCAGACGCCACGUUCACGGGGACAGACAUCUCGGGAUCUGGAGCAGUCAUAUGUGGAAAAUACAGACCAGGACAUAGCACAAAGUCAAGCCUCUUUGGUCUCCAGAAGCAUCAUGUGUGCCCCGAAUGUGGCAGAGGCUUCUGCCAGAGGUCAGACCUCGUCAAGCACCAGAGGACGCACUCUGGGGAGAAGCCUUAUAGUUGUAUAGAGUGUGGGCGACGCUUUGGCCGGAAGUCCUCCCUCACCAUCCACCAGAGGAAGCACUCCGGGGAGAAGCCUUACAUGUGCAGGGAGUGUGGGCGACGCUUCAGGUACACGUCCUCACUCACGAACCACAGGAGGAUACACUCCGGGGAGAGACCCUUUGUCUGUCAGGAGUGUGGGCGAGGCUUUCGUCAAAAGAUUGCCCUCAUCCUGCACCGGAGGACACACUUGGAGGAGAAGCCCUUCAUAUGUCCUGAGUGUGGGAGAGGCUUCUGCCAGAGGGCAUCGCUCCUCCAACACCGGAGCUCGCAUUCGGGUGAGAGGCCCUUCCUGUGCCUUGAGUGUGGUCGUGGUUUCAGGCAGCAGUCGCUGCUCCUCAGUCACCAGGUCACACACUCAGGGGAGAAGCCUUAUGUCUGUGCCGACUGUGGGCAUGGCUUUCGCCAGAAGGUCACCCUCAUCAGACACCAGAGGACGCACACCGGAGAGAAGCCUUACCUGUGCCCUGAGUGUGGGCGUGGCUUUAGCCAGAAGGUCUCCCUCAUGGGACACCAGAGGACGCACACAGGGGAGAAGCCUUACGUGUGCCCCGAGUGUGGGCGUGGCUUUGGUCAGAAGGUCACGCUCAUCAGGCACCAGAGGACACACACAGGGGAGAAGCCGUACCUGUGCCCUGAGUGUGGGCGCACCUUUGGCUUCAAGUCACUCCUCACUAGACACCAGAGGACACACUCAGGGGAGGUGGCUGAUGUGUACGGAAUGUGUGAGCAAGGACUGGGCCAGAAGUCCAACCUCACCUCUGACCAGAGGACACACUCUGAGGAGAAGCCGUGUGUGUGUGGUGUGUGUGGGCGUGGCUUUGGCUUCAAGUCAGCUCUCAUCAGACACCAGCGGACCCAUUCGGGAGAGAAGCCGUACGUGUGCAGGGAGUGUGGUCGUGGCUUUAGCCAGAAGUCUCACCUCCAUAGACAUAGGAAGACCAAGUCUGGCCAUCACCUCCUGCCGCAAGAGCUGUUCUCCUGACCUUUCCUUUCCCCUUGAGUGUGAAUAUGGCAGAAAUCACUGGGAAGUGUUCUGCUUUCCCGAAAUGGAAUGGAGGGAAAAAAUGGUGCUUUCUUUCCGUGUUCAUAAGAUAGUCGGUUUAUGGUUUACUUUCUAAGCAGCAGUCCUCUCUGUGUUUUAUGGCCUUUUGUUUU